AUGUAUGUUCCGAUACCGUCACCGCCACUAUUAUCUGGACAAACGAGUUUACCAACCGAUAAUUCCGUUAAAUCUGUGUUUGAUCGUUAUAGUGCAGCAGCAAAACGUUAUAAGUAUUUACGGCGUUUAUUGAAGUUUCGUCAAAUGGAUUUUGAAUUUGCCCUAUGGCAAAUGUUAAAUUUAUUCAUCGCACCUCAAAAAGUAUUUCGUGCUUUUCAAUAUCGAAAGCAAACAAAGAAUCAAUGGGCUCGAGAUGAUCCAGCAUUUUUAGUUUUAUUGCAAAUAUUUCUUAUCGUUUCAUCGAUUAUAAUUGGUCUUGUAUUGGGUUUGGGUUUUUUUGGAAUUAUUAAACUUGUGUUAUGGGUUGUUCUUAUUGAUUGUGUACUAGUGGGUAUAUUGAUUUCAACAAUCUAUUGGUAAGUUUUAUAUUGAGAAAAAAGGACUCAGAUAGUUCCAGUUUAAUUUUUUUAAUUGUUUUCCUAGAUAAGCAGAAAGACUUUAUAAAAUUUGAAACUAUUUGACAGAAAUAAAGGUACAUUGUUAUGGGAAAAUGCUUGUAGUUGCGAUUUGCAUUGGACUAUAUUUUCUAUAGUUAGGCAGGGAAUAAAGAAAGAGCGAUAGAUCAAAAGAGAAAAAAAUGUUUGUUUCUAUAAGAAGAAAAGAACAAGGCUGCAAUCUGAUAUAAUAAGAACUUUAGCGUAAACCUAGAGUUCUUUUUAAGCUAAAUAACUAGCAAAAAAUUGCACCGAAAUAGAUAUGGGCGGGACCGAUGAUUUUUAGUCCCGGUCUCGUCUCCGUCCCAGUCCCGUAAACUUCUUUCGGUCCUGGUCCGGUCCCGUAAAGUUAUUUCGGUCCCAGUCCCGUAAGGUUGUUUCGGUCCCGCACGAUUUUUAUGGUCCUGACCCUUAAACCAAUUACGCUCACACGGAAAUAACACUGUAUUAAUGCCGGAAAAUCCAAGAGUUUUCUAAUCGACAGUUAUCUGUUAUUUGUCCGUUUAUGGAUGAGGUUAUGCCGUAUGUUUCUUCUUCUGAUUAUAUAAGCAAAAUAACCGGCGCAUACCUGGUUACAUAAGAUUGAUCACAUUUAUGGAACGGAUGGAAGAGGAUGUAGAUGCAAAUACUAAUGAUAUAAACAGUCAGCUGGGUGAUAAUCUAUUUGAUGACAUAUAAACUGCUUUUAAAUAAAACUAGCUGCUUUUCUGGAAUCUCAAACUGAGAUUCUGGUGUUUUUAAUAAAGUUUGCGUGACAUAGAUGGAAAGUUAAACGUGUAGAAAAGCGCUGUAAGACUCCCUGACGAUUUUCUGCAACAUUUCUAUUUAAUUAGGGAGAACAGGUGAAGUUAUAACUGAAUUUACGCAAUUGUCAAAAAUAAUCUUAGUUCUAGUGUCGGUCCUGGUUGGGAAAAAAUAAUACA